AAUGUUUCCCGAUUUUACAAGUCUUAACAGUCAUCAAAGAUACGAACAUUCACUACUAUAAGCAGAGGCGGUCCCCGGUUGGCUUGAGUUGCCAUAUACCUCCGUAGCUUCUUAUGUUCCUGUAAGGUGAGUAUCAAACCGGGCGUGCUGUUAAUCUCAUGAUUGAUAGAGAUCACCAGGGGGUUGGUUAGUGCUGAAGAAGUCUUUCUCACAAGUGGUCACUAACUCCUCGACGGAUUUGAAUACAAGCCAGUAGCUAGUCGAAAAAUUGUUCUCAUGGGAUCCAAUUUUGGAAUAUGGAGAAACCAUCAAUCCCAAGUUCUAAUUUAGCAGCGCACCAAACAAGCUGGGCAAAGAUGCGGUCCGUGAACAUGUGAAUGUGAUCAUAGGUCUCACAGCUCUGUUGGCACAGCACAUCUAGUAUUAAUAUAUCCUGGUCUUUACUGGGAAGAUAGUUAUUACUUAGGCUUCAUUUGGAUUCAAACACAACACAAUGCGUUCUUCCUUUGGAUUCAAGCACAACACGAUGCGUUGAAAAUUUUUACCUUAAUUUUCAAUUUCACUGCACCACAGUGAAUUGCUUGGCUGUUUGGAUGUCUUGCUUCCAGCACAGUGAGACGUUUUUGCUGCGUUGGACAGCUUUAUCUCCACUGGUGCUAAAAGCUCUAGUCAGCUCCAACACGGUGAAACGUUUCAACGCACUGUGUUCUGUUUAAAUCCAAAGGAAGGCUUAAUUUCCACAGAAAAAGAGGAAGCUUGACUGCUUGAGCGUAGGUGUGUAAGAAAUGAUAAGUUUGUACUUUGCCUGAACCCCAUUCCAUAGCUGCCUGCCACUCUAGACCUCUUUACGCAAAGAUCGAACGGCUCAGUUUGGGUUUUACUGAUAGGGAAUCCUGUUGGCGCCAAGUAUCCUUUUUAAACUAAAACGGCUUGAUUAACCCCAACCUCCUUGCUUUUAGGUUGACGAGGGGAGGUCCCAUUUAGCAAAAUGCAGAUAUAUGAACACUUGAAGGAUAACAGAAUGGAAGAGGGAAAAAAAACGUUUGUUAAAAAAAUUAUCUCAUUUUAAAAGGCCAUCAACGUCCCAACCAACAGAAUCUUGAUUUAAAAAAAGAAUGAAAAAUAUUUGCCCAAAUCUACAUAUUCCGAAACAAAGCAUAAAAAAGAAUAUUUGAAGAAAUCUCCGAUGGUGCAACAUCCCAUUCUUUGCUUCCAUCACCAGUUUCCGCAUUUGUCAUUUAAAACACAAAAGACCCAACCCUUGGGCAGGAAAAAAUUCCAAACACUCCUUUUGGGUAAUAAUAAUGAUCCUUCAAUAAGCUACGUUUUCGCUUACAAUGAAGCCGAAGACCAUAAUCUUCUUAUUUUUCGACUGAAAGUUGAGAAAGAAACGGUCUCUCUUUUUCUUGGGUUUUUUCUUUUUUGAAGAAUAAUGCGUUUUAUUUUAUAUGCGGCCGCCCUUUUACUUCUUCAUUUCUUGCUCACGGUAUCGUUUUGUCUUGCUAUUCGGACCACAGUCGGAGGAGAUGGGUUGGGGUUCCGGUUUCCGGAGGCACCGUAUUACCGUAACGGAGUGGAGUGUCCAGUUUCCUCCGGCGACCGCAAUUUAGUCCAAGUGGCAAUGACUUUAGACUUUGAAUACUUGCGUGGUUCGAUCGCCGCCGUCCACUCCGUCGUCCGCCACGCUUCGUGUCCUGAAAACAUCUUCUUUCACUUCAUUGCCGCCGAGUUCGACCCCGCGAGUCCAAGAGUCUUGAGCAAACUCGUUCGCUCCACAUUCCCUUCACUCAACUUCAGAAUCUACAUCUUCCGUGAAGACACAGUGAUCAACUUGAUCUCUUCUUCAAUCCGGCAAGCCCUCGAGAACCCACUGAACUACGCUCGGAACUACCUCGGGGACAUGUUGGAUCUCCAAGUAGGCCGAGUCAUUUAUCUCGACUCAGACCUGGUCCUCGUCGAUGACAUCCUCAAACUCUGGAACACAACGUUGACCAAUUCUCGAGUCAUCGGCGCACCCGAAUACUGCCAUGCAAACUUCACCAAGUAUUUCACGGCCGGGUUUUGGUCGGACCCGGUAAUAUCCCGGGUUUUCCGGUCGAGAAAGCCGUGUUAUUUCAACACGGGAGUAAUGGUAAUGGAUUUAGUGCGUUGGAGAGAAGGGAAUUACAGGAAAAGAAUAGAGAAUUGGAUGGAAAUACAAAGGAAAAAAAAGAUAUACGAGUUGGGCUCAUUGCCACCCUAUUUGCUGGUAUUUGCUGGGAAUGUAGAAGGCAUUGAUCAUAGAUGGAACCAACAUGGGCUUGGAGGGGACAAUAUACGAGGUUCAUGUCGUUCGUUGCAUCCGGGUCCGGUCAGCUUGUUGCAUUGGAGUGGGAAAGGGAAGCCAUGGGUUCGACUGGAUGGUGGAAGCCCAUGCCCUCUUGAUCAUAUUUGGGAAUCCUAUGAUCUUUACAAAGGGAAUUUAAUCAAACACCAAUCUUUUCCUUCUGCUUUUGCCAAUUUCUUUGAAUACCCCAGUUAUUUGUUUUGAUUUCUCAUUUUUUCACUUCUAGAAACAAUGGUGAUUUCCGUGAUUUAUAUUUGUUUGUUGUACAUAAUCGAACUGAGCGAGAGAUGAAUAACCCUACCUCCUUAGUUUCCCUUUGAAUUUUUUCUGAAUUUCAAUUUCCUGCAGCUUUUCUUGGGUGAAAAGGAAAAUUGAAGAAAAUCAGAGCUUUUCUAAUUCAAAGCAUUUCCUUUCUUGGAUUUCAUCGAAUGAAUGGUUUCUUGGAAAAUUAGGUACA